CUUUUCCCGACAUCUUUUCAAUUCUUCACCUCAAGCCGACGCACCUAAUUCCCUCGAGCCACCCCCGACAGGGUCCAUUGACAAGCCAUUGUCGACCCACGACUAUCGUCUGUACCGAUCCUCUCGCUUUCCCACUCGAUCGCGCAGUUUUUGCGACCCGAUUCCCCAAUGGCUUCGACCGGAGUGAACGUUUUGCGGUGGUCCGCCCUCGGCCUGGGCGUCUUCUACGGCUUCACCCACCAGCGGGCUAUUUUCUCUGCCCAAAGAGCCGAGCACGCCCAGCACGAGUACGAGAAGAAGGAGAAGUUGAUCCAGCAGGCCAAGGCGGAGUUUGCGAAGCAGAAGAACCCUACAUCAUCUGCUGACUCUGUGAUUACCGACCCCGCGGAUCCCAAGUUCGACCUCGAGAAGCUGCUGCUGAAGGUUGCCAAGGAGAACCCUUAAGAUGGGGUCGUGGCAGAGGGAAAAGCGUAAGAGUGGAUGAGGCGGAAGAACAGAUGGAAAGUCACGGGCGAAAAGGUCGGCCAACCGUAGGGAAACAAAUCCACCGGAGGCAUAAUCCGAGCCUCGAGCCUCGACUCAAGACUCGGUGUAUGAUUUGAGGAUAUACGUGGCGGUCCUGCAUAGAUGUUUCCUUAGGUCCCUGCUACACAAGUGUACGGGUGUACAAUAUAACAACUUUAGACG